AGCGUGUAUAAGGCUGCUAGCGUUUUAUAGCCAUUAAUCAUUCGUUCCUUUUUAAUAUAUAGUAUGCGUUUGUGAUCUAUCAAUAAGGUAAGCCAAAAAGAAAGAGAAAGAAAGAAACAUUAAAGACUGAGAUACAGAGAGAGAAUAGAGAAUAGGGAAGAAAAAGAUGGGGAAGCAAGAUAUCAUCUUCGUUCCUUCUCCAGGCUCUGGUCAUCUUCCUGUGUCCAUUGAAUUCGCUAAAUCUCUCAUUAAACUUGAUAAUCGCAUUCACACCAUCACCAUUCUCCAUUGGACAUUACCUCUCGCUCCUCAAUCCAACCUCUUCGCUAAAUCUCUCACCGCUUCAGAGCCUAGAAUCCGUCUCUUGGCCUUGCCUGAAAUUCAAGACCCUCCGCCAUUGGAGCUAUUCUUCAAAGCCUCUGAAGCUUACAUUCUAGAGUUCACCAAGAAAACAGUUCCUCUUGUCAGAGACGCUCUCUCCACUCUAGUUUCCCCUCGUGAUGGAUCCGAUUCGGUUCGGGUCGCAUGUUUGGUUCUCGAUUUCUUCUGUGCUCCCUUGAUCGAAGUUGGAAACGAGUUCAACCUUCCUUCUUACAUUUUCCUAACGUGUAACGCUGGUUUUUUGGGUAUGAUGAAGUAUCUCCCUGAGAGACAUCGCAGAAUCGCAUCGCAGCUCGACCUGAGCUCCGGAGACGAGGAACAUCCGAUUCCCGGUUACGUAUGCUCCGUGCCAACAAGGGUGUUGCCUCCGGGUCAAUUCGUCAGAGAGUCCUACGAAGCUUGGGUCGAGAUUGCGGAGAAGCUCACCGCAGCCAAAGGCAUUUUGGUAAAUUCCUUCACGUGUCUCGAGCAAAGUGCCUUUGAUUACUUCGCUCGUCGUCCAGAGAACUAUCCUCCGGUUUACCCGGUCGGGCCGAUUCUUAGUUUAGAGGAUCGUCCGUCUCUCGAUCUGGACCCAUCCGAUCGGGAUCGGAUCAUGAGAUGGCUCGAGGAGCAGCCGGAGUCGUCAGUCGUGUAUCUCUGCUUCGGGAGCUUCGGAAUCCACGGAGCGUCGCAGAUCGAGGAGAUUGCUCGAGCUCUAGAUCUCUCCGGCCACAGGUUUCUUUGGUCGAUUCGAACAAAUCCGACGGAGAAAGCGAGCCCGUAUGAUCUCUUGCCGGAGGGGUUUAGAGAUCGGACGGCGAGUAGAGGAUUGGUGUGCGGUUGGGCCCCACAGGUGGAAGUGCUGGCUCAUAAGGCGAUCGGAGGGUUUGUGUCUCAUUGCGGUUGGAACUCGGUGCUGGAGAGCUUGUGGUUCGGGGUUCCGAUCGCCACGUGGCCGAUGUAUGCUGAGCAACAGUUAAACGCGUUCACGUUGGUGAAGGAGUUAGGGCUAGCCGUUGAGCUGCGUCUCGAUUACGUCUCGGCGAACGGAGAGAUAGUGGAAGCCGAGGAGAUCGCGGGGGCCAUACGAGCUCUGAUGGACGGUGAGGAUACGCCGAGGAAAAGAGUGAAGGAGAUGGCUGAGGCGGCGAGGAUGGCUUUGAUAGAAAGAGGAUCUUCGUUUGUUGCUGCUAAACGAUUCGCCGACGAGUUGUUCGGCCGGGAUAUUUAGUUCUAUUUAAAACGUCGUCGUUUGACAUGCCUUGAUCAGCUGCUAAACUUGUCAUCGUAAUAAAUUAUUUUCCUUCUCAAAUUGAGUUGUGCGUUUUAAUGGCAAGUUCUUU